UUUGCCCCCAUGUCAACAUCCUUUCCUUCUGUAGUUCCACAACACGCAAGUGACGCUGUCAACAAACUUUAGCGACAUGAGUGCCGAUAGCUGUGGUGGAAAUGUGGCUUUACGAAAUCUGGUCAACUCAAUCCAGUGUAUCAGAGACCGAGUCAGAGAUGGAGAAUCAAAUGAGUCCGAUGGAGCAUUCAACCUCUCCAACUUCUGGGACACUUUGAACCAGGCAGUGAAGGCCGUGUCCCAGGAAGCCACUAAACUCAGCCUGGCCUUCUCCAAAGCUCCUCUGCCAUCACAGCAGGAUGGAGAGAAGCUGGCAGAGUCCAUCAUGAAGAGCAUCCUCACUCUGUCUACAGUGUAUUACUGGCUGCCUAAGAGCCAAGGGCUGACUCUGCGCCGGCAGGUCAGAGACGCCACCGUCGAGGUUCUGGAGGGAGUCGUACAAUUGGUGGAGGUCAUAAUGAGCUCACCUGCGGAGAGUCUGAGCCAGGAACAGCUAAUGUCAACAGGAGGGGUGUGGUCUGCCUGCGACCAUUUCUCUCAGUUGUCAAAAGAUAAUAAGGCAGCAGUGGUCAGGGUUCUGACCUCCCAGACUGGAGUUGUGAAAGACGCCAAAGAGGAAAUUGAACAGGCGUUAUCUGAGGCUCAGGACCCCUUUGACGACAUCCUCGAUGAUGAUCAGGAGGGAGACGAACCCCGAGGCAACCAGGACACAUACUGGUCAGAGAAGGAUAGGCGGGUGAUCGGUGCGUGCCAGGGCCUGAUGAAAGCGUCGCUGGCUUGUUUGAGAAAGCUUUCAUCGGCUGUCAGAGCCAACGGUGACUUCAGCACACCUCAGAACGUGUCCCAGCUCGACGACUUGGCUGACAUCAGCAAGGAAAUCAGCCCCGGCGUUGAUGAUCUGGCCCUCUGCCUCUACCCACCCAUGGACUACAGUGGGGUUGAAACCCAUGUGUGUAAAUUAGCAGCACUUUUAAAGAAAGUUCUGGAAAUCAUCAGGUCCUGUCACGUGUGUGGAGAGUCAGAGCUGACCUGGGUUCAGUUCUUAGAUGGAGCUGUCGAUCACAACCUGCAGAAAACCAAAGACAUCAUUGAGCAGGACAGCUAGUGUGUGUGUGCAGUUAUAGUGUUUCUGUUGUGUUUUGUGGUGCCUUUAUGAGGAAUGUGUGUUUAUGCAUUUUGGAUGGAUGGUGAAACAAGUACCGACACGUGUCGAUCAGUGAUUAAGAGGAUUAUUUUGCAUGAGAAGGACACAAGCUGCAUAACAUAACAUUCGUAAAUUGAAUCUGUACAGAUGAGCAACACUUGACACACACAACCAACCUGCCUCAGAAAUGGUUGUGCUAGUGUUUCAGGUUCUCAACACCAAGAAACCAGAAGGAAACAUUUGUUUUUUAUUUCAUGUUCAUUAAACAACAGCUCAGCUCAAACUUGUAAAGCAAAAUA